AACACGCAGUGGUGCCUUUGCCACUUAAGAUGAUGUUGAGACAACCCAGAUUUUUGGUGGCAAAUUUCCCAUUUGCUCGCCAACAGAAGAAGCCAGUCGGUGAUAGCGAGAGAGGUUUGCGACGAGCUGUUAUCUCUCUGCACCUCCAGUUUGGAAAUCUUGCUACAAUGGCAGCGAUUGGAAACCGUGGAACCGUGACCGAGGCGGCUGGUUUUGACCCAGAGGCAGAUGUCCAGAGGCUUAGAGGAGCCAUGAAGGGAGCUGGCACUGAUGAGGCAGCUGUCAUCGAGGUCCUAGCACAUCGUACUAUUGCCCAGAGGCAGCGUGUCAAAGAGGCCUACAAACAAGCCGUGGGGAAGGACCUGGCUGAAGAUCUGUCCUCAGAGCUGAGUGGGAACUUCAGGAGUGUCGUUCUAGGUCUGCUGAUGCUGGCCCCUGUGUAUGAUGCCUAUGAGCUGAGAAAUGCAAUAAAGGGGGCUGGAACAGAGGAGGCUUGUCUCAUCGACGUUCUCGCAUCAAGGUCAAAUGCUGAAAUACGAACCAUCAAUGCUUUCUAUAAGAAAGAAUAUGAAAAAUCCUUGGAAGAUGAUGUGUGUGGGGACACAUCUGGAAUGUUUCAGAGGGUUUUGGUGUCUUUACUCACGGCUGGACGGGAUGAAAGCGACAAAGUGGACGAGGCCCAGGCUGUUCUAGAUGCCAAGGAAAUCUAUGAGGCUGGUGAGGCUCGAUGGGGCACGGACGAGGUUAAAUUCCUCACUGUGCUUUGUGUGAGGAACCGAAACCAUCUGCUGCGAGUGUUCGAGGAGUAUCAGAAGAUUUCUGGAAGAGACAUCGAGGAAAGCAUUAAGAGGGAGAUGUCUGGCUCUCUGGAGGAUGUCUUUUUGGCCAUAGUGAAAUGCAUUAGGAACAAGCAAGCGUUCUUUGCAGAGCGACUAUACAAAUCAAUGAAGGGGCUGGGCACUACGGAUAGUGUCCUCAUCAGAAUAAUGGUAGCCAGGGCCGAGAUUGACAUGUUGGACAUUAAGGCGCAGUUCCUGAAGAUGUAUGGCAAGACUCUCUACUCCUUCAUCAAGGGAGACACGUCUGGCGACUACCGCAAAAUCCUGCUGGAGCUGUGUGGAGGCGAGUAGAAGACUCAUCAGGACAACAUGUAGCUCUGUCUUUAUUUUGCAGACCACAUUAUGAGCUUUUUUUCUUUUUAUCACUGCAUCUUAUCUUUUUCUUCUUCCAUGGCCUUCACAUUUCACUGAUUGACCGCAGUGCCUUGUUUUACUGUUUGUACUGUAAUAUCAAUUAAACCAAAGACCAGUGACCUUUUA